CGCUGGCCCGGGGGGUGCCCCCUCCCCCCCCUCCCCCCACGGUCAGAGGGGCUCCUGCCCCCCGGGCACGGGCAGCUGGAAUGCAGAGGAUCCCCCUGCCCCCGCCCCCCGUGCCAGAGAGCUACGAGGAAUAUGGCUACGAUGACUCCUAUGCAGAGCAGAGCUACGAGGGCUAUGAGGGCUACUACACCCAGGGCCAGGGGGAUACAGAAUAUUAUGAUUAUGGACAUGGGGAGGCACAGGAAACUUAUGAAGCUUAUGGCCAAGAUGACUGGAAUGGAACCAGGCCCUCCCUGAAGGCCCCUCCAGCCAGGCCAGUCAAGGGGGGCUACAGAGAGCACCCCUACGGACGCUACUAAACCCCAAAAUUGGCAAAAAUCACAAUUUAGGAGCAAAAAUCUUGUUACUGGUUCUUGUAUCUCCCGGGAUUCUCGUUGCUUUACCCACAGCAGACAAGAAUUUGGGGCCGUGACUCAGCAAGGAGGAGGAGGAGCAGCACCAGCUGGGUGAGUUUUGGGAGAUUUUUACAACCCCUUGAGUUCCCAAUGUGGGGGUGGCACCAUCUGAGCUGCUAAAUUCUGAUUUUUUUCUUUGGAUCCACACCAGAAAAAACCAAAAAAUUAAAAAAAAAAGGAAAUCUGCUUCCCUGCCUGCUGCUCUGGCAGAGGUCACAACGUGGAGGAGGCUCCUGAGUUGAGGUUUUGGGGGAUUUUAAGGGAUUUUAGGGGAUUUUGGGAUGAGAUCUGUGCCUUGGAGCUGGGAUUCAGGGAUUUGUGAGUGGAAUCACAGGCCUUAAAGGGUCAGUGCUUCUCAAAAUUUGGGAUUUGUUACUCUGGGGGAAUUCCCACAGGGAGCCACAAUCCCAUAAAAUUCCAGCUGCAGUUCCACCCUUUUCCACUUCUCAUCUGUGGAUCCUGGGGUGAGAUGAGGCUGCUGGGGUUUUGUUUUUUAUGGAAUUCUGCCAGGGAAUCUCCCUCAGUGAUCCUGGAAUGCAUUUCAGAAUCCCAGAAUCGUUUGGGAUCAGAAUAAAUGAUUUGGGGGGCAGCCUUAAACUUCACCCCAUUCCCAUGGGCAGGAAUUCCUUCCCCUAUCACAAAUUGCUCCUGGAACAUUUCCAGGGAUGGAACAGAGGAGAUCCUUCCAUAAAAAAAUCCCUUUGCUCAAUGGCUGGAGGUGGUUGGGGAGUGAAAAGUACUCCCUGGAAAUCUGAGCUCCAGAAAUAAAAAUUACAAAGGAAUCCACCCUAAAAAUGCUGGAAAAGCCCAAAGCCAAGCUGAGCAGGGGACAAAAAAGGACAAAUCUGAUUUUAUAGGGAAUUUUAAAUCUUCCAAACGAGCCCCUCUUACCUCAGGAGCAGCAGGAAUUUGUGGGAAUGCUGCAGCAGGGAGUUCACCCUGAAUUCCUGAAAAAUUGCAUCCUGCCAGGAGGGCAGUGAUAUCAGGGCUGGAUUUGUGGUUAUCAAAUCCAUCUCCAUUCCCAGUGGAACUGGGACAUCAAUUUCAUUGGCAGUGCACCAAUCUUUCCCAUUUCUCUGUCCUGGUUUGGAGGACAGGUGUCUGCCAAUAAAGGCAGAAGCUUCUC